AUGCUGCAGCAGCUGCUGAUUAUGCAGCAGCUUAAGACGUCUGCUGCUGCUGCUGCAGCACCUGCUGCUGCUGCUGCUGCUGCUGCUGCUGCUGCUGUUGCUGCUGGCAAAGAGGAGAGAUGGCGAGGGAAAGAAGAAGAAGAAGAGACAGAAGAAGAGGAGACAGAGGGGGGAGAAGAAGAGACAGAAAGAGAAGAGGAGACAGAAGAGGAGACAGAAGAGGAGACAGAAGAAGAGGAGACAGAAGGAGAAGAGACAGAGAGAGAAGAGGAGACAGAAGAAGGAGAGAGAGAAGAGACAGAGAGAGAAGAAGAAGAAGAAGAAGAGACAGAAAGAGGAGAAGAAGAGAGAGAAGAAGAGGAGACAGAAAGAGAAGAAGAGACAGAGAGAGAAGAAGAGACAGAAGAAGAGGAGACAGAAAGAGAAGAAGAGGAGACAGAAGAAGGGGAGACAGAAGAGGAGACAGAAGGAGGAGAGAGAGAAGAGGAGACAUAUAGAGAAGAAGAAGAAGAGACAGAAGAGAGAGAAGAAGAGACAGAAGGAGAAGAGACAGAAGAGAGAGAAGAAGAAGAGACAGGGAGAGAAGAAGGAGAAGGAGAAGGAGAAGAGGAGACAGAGAGAGAAGAAGAGACAGAAGAAGAGACAGAAGAGAGAGAAGAAGAGACAGAAGAGACAGAAGAAGAGACAGAAGAGAGAGAAGAAGAGACAGAAGAGACAGAAGAAGAGACAGAAGGAGAGACAGAAGAGGAGACAGAUAGAGAAGAAGAAGAGACAGAAGAAGAAGGGGGAGGGGGAGAGACAGCAGGGAGAGAUAAAGAAGAAGAAGAAGAGGCGGGGGGCAAGGGGGGGGAUGAUGGUGGGUGGUGGUGA